AUGAUUGAAGAUGAUUUAGCAAUAAAUAUCAUAAAUGGAAUAAGACCAAAAAUUCCAAAUAAAUUUCCUGAAAAGUUUAAAAAAUUACUAAAUCAGUGCUGGGAUGCUAAUCCUGACAAUAGACCUGACGCAAAAACUUUAUGGAUAGAAGUAAAAGAAAUAUUGAGAGACUUAUAUAAUACAGAUCAAAAUUUAAAAUUGAGAUAUUCCAAAACUUACCACACUAAACAAAAUGAUCUUGUUAUACCAGAUGAUAUACUAUUGGGAAUCUAG